AUGUUGGCGCAUAUGUUCCAUGUGCAGAAGGAGUACUGCUUUAGAGCAAUGGAGCAAGAUGAUUUCCCGCGUCUUCUGAGGGGUAAAGCGUUUAGAAACCUCACUCCCGUGUCUCGUUACACAUUUUCGUGCGAACUCGAUUCCAUCCUCGUUUUCCCCGGACGUCCAGAGUCGACACCGUUCCGUACGCUCACCAUUCGCGAGCCGUAUUUGAAGAGAUUAUUAUUGGCUCGUGCCAUCUGGGUUACGACUCUUGUCUCUACUUGCGUCGUAGUACUCACACUCCUUUUCUGGACUGUCUCCGGACAUCGGCUAUAG